AUGUGGUUCCAGUUUGUACCUAUUUCUCACUUGGUUUUUAUGCCAAUUGGAUGGUUCUCGUUCUUAGUUUAUCUCUUGUGUGGUCUCAUUAUUUCUGUCAAUCUGAAAGACUUCAAAUCUUCCUACUUCAAGCUAGUCCUCCUUCACGUGAGUCGGAAGUGAAAAGCCUGAAUUCCUCUUAAAUUCAGAUGAUUACCGACUCAAUAAUGUUUCUUUUUGUUGAAAUAAUAUCGAGGCCAAGAAAAUACGCAAUUUUCGUCUUAUUCGAACCUCAAAUCGAUAGUUCCGUAACGCGUUUUGUUUAUUUCUCUCAAACUACCAUCAAAAACACUAUGUUUUUUGGCUAUUGCGUAUCGGCCUUCAACCGAUUUUCUGUAGUUUUCAGCCCAUGGCUCCAUAAAAAGGUUAGAAAAAGUUGCGAUGGUGAUUUAUUCAAAGUUUAAGGUAUUCCAAAGCAAAAUUAUUUUUGUCCUAUACAUUUUCGAGUGGGUUUUGUCGUUGAUUAUCGUCGCGCCACUAUUCUACACGGGAGACCAUGUUUUUUCUUUUCUCGACGUUGGAAACAAAAAGUUGUCUUUGAGAGCCGAUGCUGAGUUCAUGCAGGUGUUUUUUUUUUCUUCAAGAGUAUCUUGAUUGUUUUUUUUUAUGAAAAAUGAUAAAUUGCACUAUGUGAGCAAAACAGCUUCCCAAAAUGGCAAACAAAUUGUUAUGAAAAGCAGAAAGUUGGAUAGAAUUUCUAGUUAAACUUUUCUCAGACUGACGCGUUACAAGACCUGAUCCUGAGUUCGACGUGCUGCCUUCUCUGCAUUCUGAUGUAUUUUGCUGUAUUUUUGCGUGUUUUUCAACAGAAAAAUCUUCAGAGUACCAAUGUAAGUGUGGAAAAAAUAAGGUUCUAAAUGGGCGCCUUCAAAAGCCUCCAUACUCAUUCCUAGAUCAAACUAAACUGAUCUCAUAAUCAUUAUUGAUCAUUUCAAAUUAAGAACCCCGACCACGUCAUCCUUUGGUGCGCUUUUCUGACUUUCCUUCCAUUCCUUCCUAACACUAUCAAAUCCUUCAUCCUAUAUUUUGCAACAGACGCGGAAACUCUAGGCCUUGCUACCGAUUUAUGGUAUUUUCCUUCUUCUUUUGAAGAUUAUAUCGAACAACUUAGGUACUUCGCCACCGAGCUGAUGUGCAUCGCAGCUCCGUGGACUCUCAUUCUCACUUGCAAGGGGAUUCGCGAUAUCUUAACCAACUUGGCGUAA